UCACACUUGACUGUACAUGUAAGGUCGGACCGCGCACAUCAGAAGCCUGACGUGUGUGUGCGUAGACAUGCCGUUGGGAGUUCCCGUGAAUCUCAAAAACCUCCAGCUCCAGCUUGGACGGGUCAUCUUUGCAUAUAAAUAGAGCGCAUCCUUCCAAGGGCGUCUGCUUUUCUUCGAACAAGUUUUCUUUUGUGCGCGCUUGUUGGUUUAGCCUGUCAUCCAUUCAUUGCAGGGGUAAACUGUUUCCUUAUGUUCGAAGUCCUGGUGCCCUCGGAGCUCAUACAUGUAAAAGGGUACACACGGACAUGUAAAAGACCCCAGCGUUAUCGAUUUUAAUUUGUGGGUAAACUGUGAAGUCUCGGGGGGGGGGGUUCCUUGAAUAAGCUAUAUGCCUCUACGGACGAAGUGAGAUUGGAAGUCCAAGUAUCGAUUAGCGUUUGUGCUGAAAGAAAACGCGGGCUUUGCUUUGGCUUUUCGUCGGCUCAUUAUUUAUGCGUCAAGACGGGAAUAUGAGUUAAAUCGGUGUCUGUGUGGACAGCUCGACGCGCCUGGUUGGAGCUAAUAUUCUCGUCCCGGGGGGAAUAGUGGAUUGAAUCCGCAGUAUUCGAAUUGCAGUCAUCAAGGCCAUGUCAGCAUGGAAUGCCUUGUCUGCGCUGCUGCCAAGCCUAGUGAAUCAUGUAUGAUAAAUACGGGACUGUGUUGCACGAGCUAGCACUCAGCGUGAGGGGCGUACAGAUACCAUCAUAAUUUUACAGCGCUGUGUGCGAUCACCGUGUCCGAGUCUGUGGGAAAGGUACGUUUGACGUUUAUUUUUCUCUGGCUUUCAUUGUGGCCCGACGUGAGAAAAAAAGGGGACCACUUUUGGGCUUUGUGCAUGCAUGAUUUCGUUGGCUUCAGUGAACCGUGAAAGCUGAGGGGAGUCAUGCGUCAGAUCCGUGCCGAAAGGUAAGGGGCCGCCAUUUUUAUUUCGCCCGGCAGGAGUGGUGACUGUCCCGUGUUUCUAGGGUGAUUACCGUAGUGAAAGUUUUAACAUUCCAACGCCUACAUCUGUCACGAGACUGUCUUUGUUGUCAGGACUUCUUGUAAACCGGCAAACGGAUGUGACAUAUCCAGAUUUCACCCGUAGAGUUUAUGAUGAUCGCGUAGAGCCUGUGGUGAAUAUAGGAGAGGGUUUUUUGCCCUCGCGUCAGAUCAUAUCGCCAUGUCGUUCUUGAAGAGGAUCGGUAGUCGCAACAAGUCCACGGUGGAUCUUCCUGAAGACACCGUCAAAGCUCAGAAGCGAGAGGAGAAGAAGCAGAAGAGGAGUAGCGUCCAGGGGCUGUCCGGCUUCAAAUCUCGGUCGGAGGCACCGCCCAGCGAGGAUGCGGAAGGGGCGGCAACCACGGACUCUGCCGUCGGCACGUCAGAGUCGGCCAACAGGUACCAGGCAUCGAAAGACCGGGAGCGCAAGAAGCACAAGGACAUGUCCGGGAUCACCAUUCCGCCGUCGGGGCCAUCGAACGAGUACCCGACCUUCUUGGUGCACUACCUGGGUCGCAUGCCCACCCACAUGGAGUACGGGCGCGAUGCGGUGGAGAAGCCCGUGGAGCAGCUCUGCAAGCUGAGGGAGAAGCAGAAAUUGUCCCGGCUCAUGCUGAAUUUCAACCCAGACGGUCUGCGGUGCUGGGAGGUCAGCGGGCCCUUUCUCAAGACCAAGAAGGACGGGUUCACCAUGAGCGUGCCCCUUCAUCACAUCACCUACGGAGUAGGCAGCAACGACCACCCCAACAUCUUCGCCUGCAUUAUCAGGAUGAACGCCGAGCCUGCCCCGGGAGAAGACCAGAUGCUCAUCCUCCACGCCUUCGUCUGCGCCAAGCCCGAAGUAACGCAGAAACUGACUUACUGGCAGCUCCAGGCCUACAUCGAGGCCUACGAGGACCUCAAGCGGAAGAGGAUACUGCGGGACCGGCGUAGAAAGGCCAUGGCCGGAGCCCACGGGGAGACAUCAACGCCAGUCCCGACCAUCACGCCCGUACCGGAGGAACCUGCGAAGAACAGCGGUAAAGAAAUCACAGAGGUGAAAAUCAAGGGUAGGGGCAAAGUAAAGGUGAAGGCGCACGUUGAGUCUGGGGGGAUCCAUGAAGGACAGAAUCCAAACGGGCCGUCCAAGGCCGUGGGUCUUGUCCUCCAAGACGGCUCCCAGGCCCCAGUCUCCCCCUUCCCGUCCAACAAUAACACCGUCGAGGAGAGCGAUCCCGCGGAGGUUUUCGUCGAGGCGUCGGGGGCCGCCACGGGCACCAUGGUGCACAGGGCUCGCAUCGUGUCCCGGCCCAUGCGAAUGGACUCCUCCACCAGUGACGGGGACAACUCGCCUCCGGUCCUUGCCCCGGACAGGUCGAGGGAAGGGAGUGUCUCCUCCUGGGACGGAGAGGGGAAAGCGGACACCUCGCUGCAGAAGCGCAUCGGGGAUCUGGAGGAGUUUAUGGAGAUGGACGCUGACAUGCUGAAGAAGUUGAUGGUGACAGAACACCCAACAUUAGCAAGGCGUAUUUGCUACCGGGCAACCGUGGACACACAAGGAGUCUUCCACCAGGAGAAGGUGGAACUUGGCGGGGAGGGUCAGGGUGCGGAGCCGGAGGCCAGUGACGCUUAGCCUAGCCCAACAUCACCAACCGCUACAUGCCAACUAUAACUGAGAAGACAAGUCCCGAAUGAGGCAGUGGAAAGCUUUGCUCCCUUUUCCUAUCGGUAUAUAGUUCUCUCAAAGGGGGAGGGGGUUGUGGCAUGGAAGAAACACACGGGCGUAACUACGAUGUGAGCAGCCCCCCCCCGCGGAAGUAAGAGCGCACAGGUGUCCUUUAUUAAAAUUUCGAAAGGUGCACAGCCGAUGCAGCUUUACAUGCAAAUAUUUUUAGCUUUCAAUACCCCUUGAAAAAUGUGUGAACACCCAGGUGCCCCCUCAGAAAUGUCACUUAACAGUUGUGAAAAGAUAACAUCCUAAGUUUCAGUUUAAUACAAAAAAUUGACAUGUUUUUCAGUUUUGGAAAAAUGACAUCGUAAUCUUUAAUUUGAUAUCCAAAACUGUUUCUGCCAAUCAUUUUGGGAGAAAAUAAAUGUUACUUUUGGCUUGCAUUUUUGGGGUAACCCUGUAGUCUUACCUGAUCUGAUGUCCUCCCCAAAACUCUGCCAGGAUGCCUAAUAAAUUAUGAGUGGUAACCCUUAUUGACGAUAUGUAUAAUUUUUCAUAAUAUGUUUACUAAAUUGUUCACUAUUCGCUAUGCUCCGUUGAAAUUAAAAAAAAAAAAACUGCUUGUGAAUAGCGAUACAGAAAUUAUCUGAAAAAAAUUAUCUUUCAUGAACGUUUCAUCCUUUUCAUGCUUCACAUAAUUUAUAUUAUCUUGAUGACACUGCUGUUUGCUCGGACAAAUCUUUUUAAGCUAUUCUUGGCUCAGUGUGUGAAAAAAAAUCUGUCAUUGGUAUUCAACGUAGACAUACGAGACCGCACAAACCAUGGCACUGAAAAUAUAAUCUUUACUUUGAUAGUACAGGUAGCAGCAUAAACCAAACAGAAUGAGCCGUGACAUUAUUCUAUAACAUACAUGCACAUUCAUGUUUCAGAUUUCUUAUGUGACAUGUAUUUAUUGACAUUGAAUGUUCCUACUUGUGUAAGGUACAUCUAUAGGCGUAUGUUCAUGGCGGUGCAUGAUAACUGACCAGAGUUGGAUUCAAUAUUAAUUAUCUGUGUGUGUUGGUGGGCGACCAACAUUUCAUGUGAAUUUUGCAUGUUCCUAUCGCAUUGUCGUUAGCGGCCAUUUGUGGCAAAGAUUUUGUUUUGCUGUCUGAAUACCAAGCUUAACGAUAAGCCGAAUGAUUCUUCGCUACGCUGAUGUAGUCCGACAGCUUGAAAGUGCAAGUUGGUGGAAUGUCCAUACUAUUUCAAUGAGUGGAAAGAGUGGCUUCCUGUUUGCUGUUCGGAGCAGAGGCGAAUUAUCCGUUUUAACCAAGUUAGUCCUUCGGAAUGAAAAGCAUUUAGGUCAAAGUUGCCGGGCAGGGGGAUUCCGCUUUCAUGUUCGGAAUAAUGUACGCGCCGUUAAAGGAGCGUGAUCAUACAGCUGGAUAUUCCCCAGAAGAAUGGACACACGCUGUACAUUUCUCUGAAAUUCAGUCCCAAAAUAUCGAUGACCCAAUACUAUUAAUCUGCUUUUUCAGAUCUAGAAAAGAGUUUGUGUUGCCUUGAUGGCUCUUAGGUCUAAACUAUUAUGCAGUCCCAUGACUGUGAUGCUCGAAAAGCUGAAAAACAAAAAUUGUGCUCAAAUCCAGGAUUUGCAAUUGCGUUUUUCGGAUAUUUAAAUUGGGCUUGGUUUGGUUUGUGUAGGAUUGUUUUCUAUUAAUGGUCAAAAUCUUUCAAUGUCUGACGUUCUCAAAAUGGUUCAGGUGAAGAGGCAGUAUGUCCCAUAUUUACGGUCUGUUAAUCUUUCCCAAACCCUUCGGGUGUUUUAUGUGUUUUCUGUGCAUCCUAGUAUAUGCAUUGAUGAGCCCAAUUUCCAAUUCUAUUUUAGCUGCCAGUUGACGUGACCAAUCCACACCAAAAAUCGACAAAAGAAAGAUUUACGUUUAACAUAAGGGAUUAGUGGUUAAGAUGGCCAGUACUCGAAAUAUUAUUUUCUAAUAGUUGAAAUUCUUUUCUCCAUUUUUAUGCAUUUAUUGUAUUCGGUCAAAACAAGUUCUAUUUUUAAAGGAAUGUGGUUUGGUGAGGCGCAAAGUAGUGAAAUAAUGUCUGUUUUAGCCUAACGGUGCAAUUUCUAAGUAGCAAUGAUACCAUACUUUUGUGAGAUUUAUUUGCCUGUUUUCAGUAGUUGUUUCUGUGAAGCUAUUUUUGUAAAUCUUUUGAUGGUAUGUACAGUUCGUUCAGAAAAAAAUUGCUACAGUAAAUCCUUUAAUAAAAAUGCACUUCUGACCGACCAUGCAUACAGUUCCAAUCAAAAACCGCAUCCAUGGUUGCAGAUCUAUCCGAGUAAUCCCGGAUACUGCAUCUGAUUUAUUAUUAAAGGGUCCUUGAUGUGAAUAGAGUUUAUGUACUCGGAA